UCUACGUCACGUCCGGCCCCGCCCCGGCCGGCUCGCGGACGGUGGCCGACAGGCCGUGGCGCCGCUGGCGCUCAGGGCGAUGCAGCUGCCACCCGCUCUGCACGCACGCCUGGCGGGGGCACCCGGGUCGGCCGAGCCUCUCCCCGUGGAGCGGAACCCCGCGGCCGGGACCGCGCCCUUCCGCUUCGCGCCGCGCCUGGUGCGCUUCCCACGGGAGCACGACUUCUUCGAGGACGGGGACGUGCAGCGGCACCUCUACCUCCAGGAUGUGCUCACGCAGGUGGGCGGGGCGCCCGAGAGGCCCAGGGUGCCUGAGUUCACCUGUCAGGUGGCCGGCUGCUGCCAGGCGUUCGGCGCCCUGGACGACUACGAGCACCACUACCACGCUCUGCACGGCAACGUCUGCUCCUUCUGUGAGCGGGCCUUCCCUUCUGGACGCCUGCUGGACGCCCACAUCCUGGAGUGGCAUGACUCGCUCUUCCAGAUUCUGGCCGAGCGGCAGGACAUGUAUCAGUGCCUGGUGGAGGGCUGCACAGAGAAGUUCAGAACCAGCAGAGACCGGAAGGAGCACCUGGUGAUGCGUCACCUCUACCCUGUGGACUUCCGCUUCGAUAAACCGAGGAAGAGCAGAGGCCCAGCCAUGCCCGGUGCCGCUGAGCAGGUGUUGGCAGAAACCCUGGGGGAUGACGGGGUGCCUUCGGAAGGCGACGCCAUGGAAGUCUGCUCUGAACACGUGGAGCCCCCACCAGAACCCGCGGGAGAGAGGCGGGCCUACAGCCACAGGUGCCUCACGAGGAUUUAAAAGCACCAAGAAGAGAAAUAAGCACCAGUAACGGCGGUUCCUCUGCGGCCCUGCGGCGGUGUUGCCGGGCUUUUCCUCUCGCCCCGCGGGGGCCCCAGGACCCCGGCCUGUGCCGCCCUCCAUGUCGCGGGCCUGUGACCGACUGAACGAGGCCGGUGGCUAUGUGGGAAGCCGUGGGGGAGCCGCGGAUUCCGGGAAGGGCCCCCUCGUGCGGUGACUGGGGUGUUGGGAGCAGCCCCCGCCCCCCAAUGUCCUUGUGAAACACGUGGAGUAAAUGGUUAUCGUUAACGGUCUCUGGUCGACAUUCUGUGUUGGGGGGAGGGAGAUCAGCAGCAGUUACUGGUGAGGACUUUGUUUUCAGCAGCCACUUCUCAGAGGGGGUGACUGACUUGCACAGCUCAUCAGGGCUUCAAGGGAGAUGCCCGUGGUCCUCGCACCCGAGCUUGGCAAGGUGAGCGGAAGCCUCGGGUGGAGCUGGGGAGCCGGGAGGGACCUGGGCCGGGGAGGGCGGAGCGCAGACCUAGGCGGGCAGCUGACUUGGCUCCAAUUUGAUGACAUCAGGGCCCCCAGGCUGGACCUGGGGAGUGGGGACCCACCAGCCGGCUGUCCCCCUGUGGUGCCCGGUGCUUCCGUGCCCACCCGAGGCCCCGCUCGGCCCAUCUCGCCUGGCCUGCUCCCACUCUGGGCUCCAGUCUGGUGGGGGCAGCAGGUUCUGGCCUGCGACCACCCCCGCCAAGCCCUGUGCACAGCUCUGCAGACAUGGGUCGGGGCUGGUGGUUGUCAGUUUGAAGUUGUUCUUUGGAAGAUUACUUGUCUCCUCUUUGUCUGUCGUGGUUCCACUAAGAUGUCAGGGGAAGGUACUCAUCGCCCUACCUGCUCAUUGUUGAAUGUCUUGAAUCUGGGUUUUAUCUCUUCAGAUAUUGUCUUUACUCCAAUCUCUGUUCCUUCUCCUUCUAAAACCCCAACCAAAUGUACGUCAGACACCCUCCCUCUGUCUUCUAACAGCCCUUCCGUAUUUCCCAUUCCUUAUCUGUCUUUGUUACAUUCUGGAUAAUUUCUUAAGAUCCACUUUUCAGUUCACUAAUUUUCUCAUCAGCUGUAUCAAAUGUGCUGUUGAACUCAUUCAGUGUUUAAUUUCCAUAGUUACGAUUUUCAAUUCUUUAAUUCUAUGUUGUUUUUCUAAUUUGCUGGACUUUGUAGCUUUUGUUUAUCACAUUUUCAACUCAUUCUUUUCUUUUUUAACAUGUUAAACUUAUUGUACAUUCUCUGAUUGAUAAUAUCAAUGUUUGAAGACUCUGUGGGUCUGAUUUUUCUGUCCAUUUUUUCUGUUGACUCACUCAUGGUGCCUUGUUUCCUGGUGAAUUCUGUGAUUUUUGGCUGUGAGUUUGUAUUUCUUGGAACUUUACCUCUGGAGUUUCUCUGACAUGUCUGGGUUCUUCCUGAAAGAAUUAGUAUUUGCUUCUGCCAUGUGACUGGGGAGCUAUGAUCUAGGACCACUUUAACUUUAAAAUAAAUUAUUAGAAAAAAAAGAAGGACUUCCCUGGUGGUCCAGUGGUAAAGAAUCCGCCUUCCAAUGCAGGGGAUGUGGGUUCAGUCCCUGGUCGGGGAACUUAGAUCCCACAUGCCACAACUACUGAGCUUGUGCACCACAAACUACAGAGCCCACAUGCCCUGGAGCCAAUGCGCCUUAACUAGAGAGGAAAAAAAAAACAACAAAAACCCACACCACAACUAGAGAAAAGCCUGCGCAUCACAACGAAGAGCCUGCACCUCAAUGAAAAGAUCCCUCAUGCCUCAAUGAAGAUCCCGCAUGCCACGACUAAGACCCGACACAGCCAAAAAAAUAAAGAAA